AGCAGGUGGAUUCACUUCCGGCACCGGGCAGUGAUACCAUGGCUGCCUUCCUCCGAGCUGUGGCGCUGUCUCCAGGGCCAGCCGCCUGGGGCAGGCGGCUCCACCGGCUGUGCUGCUGCGGUGGGCAGGAUCCCAGGAGGUGGGUGGGAAGCGGGCCGCCCCCCUCCAGGGAGAAGCCACCGGGCCCAGAGACGGAGAAGUUUCAGAUGGUGUACCGCUUCGAUGCCAUCAAGGCCUUCGGGUACCUGUCUCGGCUGAAGGUGGCACAGACGGCCCUGACGGUGGCCGCCCUGCCGCCGGGCCUCUACUGCUACUCCCAGGACCUCAUGCCCUUCAGCUCCUUGUGCCUGGCGGGCGGCGUCGCCGGCUUCGCCCUGGCCAUGUUGUGCUGGAUGAGCCAUUUCUUCCGGAGGCUGGUGGGCAUCCUGUACGUGAAUGAGGCGGGCACCGUGCUGCGGGUGGCCCACCUGACCUUCUGGGGCCGGCGACAGGACACCUACUGCCCUGUGGCUGACGUGAUCCCCAUGACGGAGAGCCCGGAUUGGCCCCAGGAGCUGUUCGUGCGGAUCCAGCAGUACAGCGGGAAACAGACCUUCUACCUCACCCUGCGUUAUGGUCGCGUCCUGGACCAAGAGCGGUUCACGCAGGUGUUCGGGAUGCUGCGCACGCUCAAGUGAAUGGCCUGGAGCCCAAGUGGAUGCUGGGAGGCUCCCGCAGGAAGGCAGAGGGUGUGGGCGGGGCUGAAGGACGGGGUUGCGCUGCUGGGAAACUUCUGCCGCGGCCCCUGAGGUGAGAAAACUAACAAGAUAGACAUUAGUAGCCGGGUUUAGGAAAGAGGCCCUGAGUGCCGAUUCUUUACUGCACUUGCGUGUGGCAUCGAGAUAAUGGCCAGAAUUUUCUGGUAGGUUCUCGGAGGAAGCAAUGACAGGUUUGCUCAAACCAUCCUCUGCUGUGAAAUCGGACAGGUGUGGGGGACUUGGGUUUUGUUAGUUCUCAAAGCCCGCGCCUGGGCCAGGUUAUGAAGUCUCUCAGGACCUUAGUUUUCACGUCUGUAAAGUGGAAAAGAAUCCUCCUGGUCUCCUGGGAUGGUUGGAUGUCACUGCUGAUGCAGAGCUGGUGGCUCGUUGAAGAGCUCUCAGGCAACGGGGAGGGAUUUCGGCCUGCUGCGCCUCCUGGUGCACCCAGCACCUGGAGGGGUUGAUCAUUUAGAAUAGCCACAAGGGAAAAACCUUGUUAACUGUGCGAGAUGCUGGAUGUUAACUUACUGUAAUUUUACUAUAUAUAUAAAAAUCAUAUUGUAUAUGUUAAAUAAUACAAUGCUAUAUGCCAGUUAGAUCUCAAAAUUAGAAAAAAAUGGGGAGUAUACUUACAAUACAUAAAAACAAAAGGCCCAGAUUAUUUGAUUCUUAUAAAUACUUUUUAUGCAAAAAAAGAAAAUCAGUAAUUGCAAAAUAUUCCACUCAGUGGAUGUAGCUUGUCCUUUUAAAUGAUUUCCGUUUUCCAUUGCUGUAAAGAAUGUGAUAAAUAUCAAAUAUUUGGAGAGGUUUCCUUCCUCUGUGUAGACUGAAAAAUGGCAUUUUGAGAAAGAUGACUUUAUCAUCAAAGAUAACAUGAAACACGUUUUUUUUUUUGG